GCUAGAUCGGUCCAUUGGCGCAACCAUCCUCAUGAUUGAUUGAUCUUUCUUUUUUCAGAUUCCCUCAUUUAGUUUCUUUUACCCCUUACGCUAUCACUACCAAAUCUUGAGCUCCGCCGCAACCAUGGUACUAGCCGCGGAUCAGCGCCGGAGGAUCCUCAAGGUGUUGAUGACAUCGCUGCUCUUGGAUUUGAUCUCAUUUACCUUCAUUUUGCCGCUAUUCCCCUCUCUAUUGGAGUUCUACCGAACCAAAGACCCCUCGCCGACCUCCCUCUUAAACCGCAUCUUCCACUACCUCAACGCCUACAAGAACUCCUUUGCCAAACCAAUCGACUCUCGCUAUGAUAUAAUCCUCCUCGGCGGGGCCCUCGGGUCUCUGUUCUCUUUUCUGCAGGCCCUAGCGGCCCCCGUCAUCGGCCGCCUCUCCGACAAACAUGGCCGCCGGACAGCUCUCCUCUGCUCAAUGAUAGGCAAUACGCUGAGCGUCGCGCUCUGGGUUGCAGCCACCGACUUCCGGACCUUCCUCGCGAGCCGCAUCGUCGGCGGUCUGAGUGAGGGGAACGUCCAGCUCGCCAAUGCCAUCGCCACGGAUAUCAGCGACCCCAGCCAGCGCGGCUCAACCAUGGCUCUCGUCGGCGCCUGUUUCAGCAUCGCGUUUACUUUCGGCCCUGCCCUCGGCGCGGGCCUCGCGACUAUCACGACUGUCGCUGCAAACCCGUUCGCUACGGCUGCGGGUGUCUCGCUGUUCCUUAUCAUCCUCGAGACAGUAUACAUAUACUACUGUCUUCCCGAGACGCAUCCCCGUCUAACAAAGCUCAACCACAUCGACGCCACCACGAACAAGAACACCUCCAACUCCAAAGCCACCACCUCCCCCUCUACACGACCCCACCAACACACCAACAACCCCGCUAUCCUCAACCUCAUCCACUUCCUCUUCCUCCUCCCCUUCUCCGGCCUCGAGUUCUCCCUCCCCUUCUUAACAGCAACCUUCUACGCCGGUAGCAAAGCCAGCCCAUCGGCCUUAAACGGCCGCCUCCUCUCAAUGAUGGGCCUAAUCGCCUCCCUCCUCCAAGGAACCCUCGUCCGACGCCUCCCACCGCUCAUCAUCGUCCGCGCCGGUGUCCUAGCCUGCACCGUCUCCUUCUUCCUCCUCGGCCGCAUCACCACCCUAACAGGGCUCUACACCGUCGGCGGCCUCCUAGCCAUCACCAGCGCAACGGUCGUCACAGGCCUCAACAGCCUAGGCAGUCUCGAAGCGCAGGAAAGUGACCGCGGAGCGGUGCUCGGCCGUCUGCGCAGCUGGGGCCAGGUCGGCCGCGCGGCUGGUCCGCUCCUGUUUUGUUCGCUUUUCUGGUGGGUGGGGCGUGAAGUCGCUUACACGACUGGGGGAUGUGUCAUGUUGGGGGUUUGUGUUGCUGUGUUUACGGGGCUCAGGUCGCCGGUUACUUCGGCUGUGAAUGGGAAGUGAGAUGGUCGUUGAAUUGGGUGAUGCUGUCGUCUGCU